CCCCCGGCCGCAGCCAUGGAGCUGCCGAGCUUCUGCAGCCACCCGCUGUGGUCCGUGCUGGCCUUGCUGCUGGGGAUGCUGCUCUGGGCCACGAGGAGACGCGCCUGGGACCCACGCAGGUGUCCCACCGACCUGACCGGCAAGACGGUCAUCGUCACCGGAGCCAACAGCGGUGAGAGGGGCCUUGGUGGCACCAUGGGGCCGCGGGGCCGUGAGGGGCUGCGGGUGCCGCGCCGUGGGAUGAGGGUGACACGUGGGGCAGCGUGGGGACGUGGGGCGGCUCGUGGGUCCCUGCCUUCCCACUGCCAGCUCUGGUGGCACCGAGGGCUGCAGGAGAGGUGGCUGCCCGUCCCUGGGCUGUGCUCCGCCACCCCACGCUCUGCCACCCCACGCUCUGCCCCACGCUCACCACCCACCGGCGACGCCGUGCCCCGCUGUGCCACCACCCGGAGCUGCUGCUUCUUGCCGUGCACCAGGGUGGCUGCACGUGUCCUGGGCCCAUCGCAUCGCUGUCGGUUCCUGCCACGUGGCAGCAGCUGCAAUGAGCUGCCGGCCCGGCCCUUCCCACAGCCCACAGCAGCUCCAUCCCCAUCCUGUCCUGCAGAAUCACAGAACGGCCCAGGGAUCGGGAAGUGCGUGGCCAUGGACCUGGCCCGCAGGAACGCCCGCACCAUCCUGGCGUGCCGGAGCCGGGAGCGCGGCCAGGCGGCGGUGGAGGAGAUCCGGGCGGCCACCGGCAACCCCAACGUGGUGCUGCGCCUGCUGGAUAGCGGCUCGCUGGCCUCGGUGCGCGCCUUCGCCGCGGAGGUGCUGCGGGAGGAGAAGCGCCUGGACGUGCUGGUCAACAACGCCGGCCUCACCGGGCUGCCUUUCGCCCUCACGCCCGAGGGCUUGGAGCGGACCUUCGCCACCAACUACCUGGGCCCGUUCCUGCUCACCAACCUGCUGCUGGACCUGAUGAAGGCGUCGGCGCCCGCCCGCGUCGUCACCGUCUCGUCCUUCCGGCACAGCGCGGGCACCGCGGACGCGCGAUUCCUCACCGGGCGGGCGAGGCCCGGCGGCUUCGAUCCCGUCUACAACAGCACCAAACUGAUGAACAUCCUCUUCACCGCCGAGCUGGCGCAGCGCCUGCAGGGCACGGGGGUGACCGCCAACAGCCUGAACCCCGGCGUGGUCAGCACCGGCAUCAUGCGCAACUUCAGCUGGGUGGUGCGCGGCCUCUUCUUCCUCAUCAGACCCUUCAUUAAGUCGGCAGAGCAGGGGGCCGUCAGCACCAUUUACUGCGCCGUCUCGGAGGAAGUGUCGGGCAUCUCAGGGAAGUAUUUCGGCAGCGACUGCAGCCUCACGCUGCCCUCCGCAGCCGCCCGGGACGCCGGGCUGGCCCGCAAGCUUUGGGAGGAGUCGGAGCGGCUGACGGGGCUGAGCCCAUAGGCUGGGCGGCCCCGAGACCCCCGCCCGCUAGGAGCCGCGAUGGGGCAGAGACGGAGCGAGCGGCCGCGGCGUAAGCGCUUUAUUAAAGGCCUCGGUGUGAGCGCUACUC